UAUGCUACAUAAAUUGUUUUCAGUGGGUCAGAGUUUCACUUAGUCCCCCAACUCCCCUGUCCCCAGUAGAGACUCCCCCGGACAGAGAGAUCGAUGACAUGGCGACCAAGAAAGCAGUUUUGUUCAACCUGUGGGGGGUCGUUGUUUCUCCCAGACCUGCAGAAGUUUUCCUCAAAUUCGAAGAAAACCUCAAACUCCCCAGUGGUUUUCUGAAGAAGGUGGUGACUGACAAGCACAGCGCCAUGGGACGCGCAGAGAGGGGCAAACUCACACUCUCUCAGAUGAUCCCAGAGCUUGAUGCAGAGUGUGUGAGUGCAGCAUCAGACCAGAAGGUCAGUCUUCCUGCUGGGUUCUCUGUGAAGAGCCUGUUAGAGGAACUCAGAGACUCAACCACCAUCAACAAACACAUUCUGCAGACUGUAGCUACACUCCGCAGACAAGGGUUAUUGACAGGCGUGUUGGCCAACCAGUGGGUGGAUGACAGUGGGAGUGGAGAUAGCUCUGGCCGGCUCCUCUCUCUGCUGGGCGGCCAUUUUGACGUGGUACUACAGUCCUGUCGUACAGGCCUCAGGGUCCCAGAGACCGACCUGUUCACCUCCGCUCUCACACAGCUGGGAGUGCCUCCGAAACAGGCUCUGUGGUUGGGUGAUGAUGAGGAGGGGGUAGGAGCAGCAGAGGCAGUAGGGAUGACAGCUGUUCUGGUGAAGGACCUGCCGGAAGCUCUGAAACAAGUAGAGGCCUUCACUGGAGUACAGGUCGUAACAGGGGAAAGCUACCCAGCCUCUUGCCACCCAGAGGAGGUCUCUCAUGGCUAUAUCACCAUCAAGCCCAGGGUAAAGCUGCACUAUGUGGAGAUGGGGACGGGGCCUCCAGUCAUGCUGUGUCAUGGCUUCCCUGAGAGUUGGUACUCAUGGAGAUACCAGAUUCCAGCUCUAGCUGAUGCAGGGUUUAGAGUCUUAUCUCUGGACAUGAAGGGCUAUGGACAGUCUACAGCUCCACCAGACAUAGAGGAGUACUCACAGGAACAGAUCUGCCAGGAUCUUGUGACUUUCAUGGACAAAAUGGGUAUUCCCCAGGUGACUCUGGUUGGUCAUGAUUGGGGUGGAGUUGUGGUCUGGAACAUGGCCCGGUGUCAUCCAGAGAGAGUCAGAGCGGUAGCUUCUCUGAACACCCCUCUGUUUCCUGUGGACCCCUCCAAGGAUCCAAUGAACUUCCUGAAGACUGUGCCAAUCUUUGACUACCAACUCUACUUUCAGGACCCCGGUGUAGCUGAAACUGAGAUGGAGAAAGACCUGGCAAGGACCUUCAAGAUCUUCUUCCGGGGCAGUGGAGAUAAGGAUAAUGUUCCUCAGAUCAACACUGCUGGAGUUUGUGCCAGAGGUGGUCUGUUCGUAGGACUACCAGAUGAGAUUCCCAGGAGUUCUAUCCUCAGUGAGACUGCUCUGCAGUUCUACAUCACUCAGUUCAAAGACAAGGGAUUCAGAGGGCCGUUGAACUGGUACCGUAAUGUUGUGAGCAACUGGAAAUGGCUAUGCUCCCGACCCAGGGCUAAGCUCUUGAUGCCAGCUCUCAUGGUGACAGCUGGUAAAGAUCCUGUCCUGCUGCCUGUCUUCUCCAAGGGGAUGGAAACCAUGAUCCCCAACCUAACAAGAGGACACAUCGAAGAGUGUGGACACUGGACCCAGAUGGAAAGGCCGUCUGAGCUGAACACCAUUCUGAUCUCCUGGCUGAAAGACACUCACAACAACACUGGGGUUGCCAUGACACCCAAGCUGUGAUCAGUUACCAGGACAACGUUAUUCCUUUUAGUGCACUUUGUAGUGAACUGUUGGAAUCAUCUGUUCAUUCAGAAUUAUUUCUAAAACUGUACGAUAACCUUUUUUAAAAACCUGAAACAUCUUUCUCUUCUAAAGACACACACACGAUGCACAAAUAGACAGUACCAACAGCCACGACACCUCCAGCAUGUUUGUCUCAAAACGUCCCUUUUUGAGCCAUUUCAUGAGAAAGUGCGACUGGCCUAUACGUUGAGUGUACAAAAUAUAAAGGACACCUGCUCUUUCCAUGACUUAGGUCCCAUUCUACACCUGCACUGCUUGCUGUUUGGGGUUUUAGGCUGGGGUUUGUGUACAGCACUUUGUGGCAUCAGCUGAUGUAAGAAGGGAUAUAUAAAUACAUUUGAAUUUGAUUUGACUAGUGUUACUAUAGAAUGUCGAUUAUGUCAUUAUUACCCCAGCUUGUCUGUUUUUUCCAGUGGACAAUUCGGACGGGAUUCGUUUUUACCAAACUGCCCCUGUAAUAAUUGUUUUUCCCUCAUUCACAAUUGACCGUUAUGACGGGAGCCUGGAGGCUCUUCGAGGUCGUGAAGAUAUUUCAAAUGUCUAGGGAUCAACCAGCUCUGUCUCACGAUAGUACAAAUGUCUAGGGAUCAACCAGCUCUGUCUCACGAUAGUACAGAGUUUAACAGGUGCUGUCUAGGGAUCAACCAGCUCUGUCUCACGAUAGUACAGAGUUUAACAGGUGCUGUCUAGGGAUCAACCAGCUCUGUCUCACGAUAGUACAGAGUUUAACAGGUGCUGUCUAGGGAUCAACCAGCUCUGUCUCACGAUAGGACAGAGUUUAACAGGUGCUGUCUAGGGAUCAACCAGCUCUGUCUCACGAUAGUACAGAGUUUAACAGGUGCUGUCUAGGGAUCAACCAGCUCUGUCUCACGAUAGGACAGAGUUUAACAGGUGCUGUCUAGGGAUCAACCAGCUCUGUCUCACGAUAGGACAGAGUUUAACAGGUGCUGUCUAGGGAUCAACCAGCUCUGUCUCACGAUAGGACAGAGUUUAACAGGUGCUGUCUAGGGAUCAACCAGCUCUGUCUCACGAUAGGACAGAGUUUAACAGGUGCUGUCUAGGGAUCAACCAGCUCUGUCUCACGAUAGGACAGAGUUUAACAGGUGCUGUCUAGGGAUCAACCAGCUCUGUCUCACGAUAGGACAGAGUUUAACAGGUGCUGUCUAGGGAUCAACCAGCUCUGUCUCACGAUAGUACAGAGUUUAACAGGUGCUGUCUAGGGAUCAACCAGCUCUGUCUCACGAUAGGACAGAGUUUAACAGGUGCUGUCUAGGGAUCAACCAGCUCUGUCUCACGAUAGGACAGAGUUUAACAGGUGCUGUCUAGGGAUCAACCAGCUCUGUCUCACGAUAGUACAGAGUUUAACAGGUGCUGUCUAGGGAUCAACCAGCUCUGUCUCACGAUAGGACAGAGUUUAACAGGUGCUGUCUAGGGAUCAACCAGCUCUGUCUCACGAUAGGACAGAGUUUAACAGGUGCUGUCUAGGGAUCAACCAGCUCUGUCUCACGAUAGGACAGAGUUUAACAGGUGCUGUCUAGGGAUCAACCAGCUCUGUCUCACGAUAGGACAGAGUUUAACAGGUGCUGUCUAGGGAUCAACCAGCUCUGUCUCACGAUAGGACAGAGUUUAACAGGUGCUGUCUAGGGAUCAACCAGCUCUGUCUCACGAUAGUACAGAGUUUAACAGGUGCUGUCUAGGGAUCAACCAGCUCUGUCUCACGAUAGGACAGAGUUUAACAGGUGCUGUCUAGGGAUCAACCAGCUCUGUCUCACGAUAGUACAGAGUUUAACAGGUGCUGUCUAGGGAUCAACCAGCUCUGUCUCACGAUAGGACAGAGUUUAACAGGUGCUGCACCCAGAUUGGUUAAGAACAUUGGAACAAAUUGAUGCUUAAAACAACGUGCUAUGCAGGUACCCUACAGAUGAAUGAUUUGUUUUGUUAAAUAGCAACUUUUCUAGUGCCAUACUUCUCUUUCAAUAGAUGAAGUGGACGAUUCUGAGCCAAUGAAUUGAUACAUUGCCAAAUCCGUCUGGUAAUUUAAUGUCUGCAGAUUACAGCUCAUUCUUCUUAUUGAUAUGCAUUAUUAUUUUGACUUUCUCCCAACUGAAGGCCAUUAGCCCAAUAUUAGACAAUCCUUAGACAUUUAAAAUGUCUUCACGACCUAGAAGAGCCUCCAGGCUGACGUCAACGGUCAAUUAGGGGGGAAACAAAAAUAACUACAGGGGCAGUUUGGUAAAACUGAUCCGCUCUGAAUCGUCCACUGGAAAAACAGACAUGCUGUGGUCAUUUACAUUACAUUUAAGUCAUUUAGCAGACGCUCUUAUCCAGAGCGACUUACAAAUUGGUGCAUUCACCUUAUGAUAUCCAGUGGAACAACCACUUUACAAUAGUGCAUCUAACUCUUUUAAGGGGGGGGGGGGGGGGUUAGAAGUAAUAAUGACAUACCUGACUUUCUAUAGUAACACUAGUCCCGUACGAAUAGGGUUAAAGAAGGAUUUUUAAGUCUUGAGACAUGGAUUGUGUAUGUGUGUCAUUCAGAAGGUGAAUAGGCAAGACAAAAGAUUCAAGUGCCUUUUAAAACGGGGUAUGGUAGUAGGUGCCGGGCGCACCGGUUUGUGUCAAGAACUGCAAGAGUGGAGGAAGAGGAGGAGAGAGUGGAGGAGGGAGUGUGUUAUCAUCAAACAUCUUUCCUCUGUAAUGCUGUACACACAUUCACACUAUAGGAGAAAGCGCUUCGGAGAUGAAAUUAUUUUUCUUAGUAAAUGUACCGCGCCUUUUCAUUCCCCAGGACACAAGCACAAAGAGCAGAUUCAUAAUUUCUCCAUCGUUUCAUGUCCCACAUCACCAUAACAACAAUAUGAGAUCGACUUCAGGGCUCUACUCAAUCCGCAUCGGGGAAGUACAGCGUGAUUGAAAUGUGAAGGCAAUGUAACCGCGUUAGUGGAGACUGCAUUCACGUAAACUCUGCAUACAUCAGCACAUUCACAAAUGACCUGUAACGCUUUGGCAAUACAGAUUGAAUGGUGCCCACGUCCCUUAAACUGAAAUAAAACCCUCACCCCCGCCUUCUCUCUCGUUCUGUCUGAGACACACAGAAUAAUAGGAAAGUAUUUUACUGUAUUUUAUUGAUGUGUGUGUGUAUAUAUAUUAAAAUAAUACAAUGUUCAAUGUAACCCUGAACGUAAAAACUCAAGUAAAAAUAUUAAUUCUCCUAUAUCAUCAUCCUA